AUGCUACAGGUUUUGGAUCGAAACAAGUCAGUGAGGUUUCCGUCAAACGACAUGGACCCAUCCAGGUCACCGACGGUGGUUGUUCCUGAUGGAGCCGUAGCUGAACAAUGUCCAAAACCCGAAAUUUCUGCUGCGAUGCUGGCAAAAAUUGAGAGGAAUCGACAGCGGGCGUUGAUGCUGCGGCAAGCCCGGAUUGCGAGCCGUCCUUUAGCAGCUGUGGAGGGUGCGACUUCAGCCAAAGUUUGCAAAACUAUCGACACCGGUGCGGGGUUUUUCAUCGAUGAAGAAGAAGGUAUAGAGGAGGAGCAGAAGACCAAAAAUGUGGUUCAUCAGCCAGCUCCAGUCAUUGAACCGGACUACUUGUUUUGCGAUGACUGUCAAAAGCCCUUUAUGGACUCGUACCUCAGCAACAGCUUUGACCUGUCUGUGUGUGACAAGUGCAGAGACAACGACCAGAAGCACAAGUUGAUCUCCAGAACUGAGGCCAAGCAGAACUACCUACUGAAGGACUGUGACCUGGACAAGAGAGAGCCUCCUCUCAAGUUCAUUCUGAGGAAAAACCCUCACAAUCCACGCUGGGGUGACAUGAAGCUCUACCUUAAAAUACAUGUAGAAAAACGAUGUAUGGAAGUGUGGGGUUCAGAGGCAGCGCUGGAGGAAGCCAAGGAAAUAAGGGAAGAAAACAGAGAAGUGCAGAAACAAAAACGCUUCAAUAAGAAAGUCAAAGAGCUGCGUCGGGCAGUGAGGAGCAGUAUGUGGGCCAAAGACACCAGUGCCCACCAACAUCAGUACGGACCGGAGGUGGUGGUGGAUCUGGAAGAGGACCUCUACAAGAAAACCUGUGAGACCUGCGGACAUGAACUGACCUAUGAAAAGAUGUAA